CUUUUUCCCCUCGCCUCGACCUCUCCUCCCCAACUCCAGAAAACACCCCCCAAUUCAUCCAGAGAGCCCCUCAUCAUGUCUCUGGCCCGUCUAUUCCGGCCAGCAGUACGCUCCUCGCGCCUCUACACCCCACGCACACCCCUCUACACAGCAUCAUCACCAUGUCUAUCGCGAAGAACCUACGCCAGCCAAAUGCCCGGCAACCCGGUCAUGGAAGUCUUCAAUCGGAAAACAAAGCAUAUCCAGAAAGACCGCGCUGCCCGGAACAUCGAAGAGAGCCGCAAGACCGACUACAUCAAAGACGAGGUUGCCACGCGACUAUGUGAGCGAUUGCUGGACAUCAAGCGCACAUUCCCUCAAGUCCUCGACCUCGGCGCCAACAGCUGCAACAUCGCCCGCGCACUCACCAUGCCCAAUCCCGACCCCGACGCUCCCAGCUCCCCACCCCUCAGCACCCGCAUCUCACACCUAACCUGCAUCGACACCUCGGAGGCGCUCCUCCACCGAGACGCCGACGAGCCCUUCAACGACCAAAUUGCACUCACGCGCCAAGUCGUCCCCGACCUGGAAACUCUCCCCUUCGCCGAGAACUCGUUCGACGCGGUACUCUCAUCGCUGUCGAUCCAUUGGAUCAACGAUCUCCCUUCGUUGCUGGCGCAGGUGAACUCGAUCCUGAAACCCGAUUGUCCGUUUAUUGCGGCCAUGUUUGGCGGAGAUACGUUGUUUGAGUUGCGGACGUCGAUGCAGUUGGCGGAUUUGGAGAGACGGGGGGGAGUGAGUCCGCAUGUGUCGCCGCUGGCGGAUGUUAAGGAUGUCGGGGGAUUGUUGAAUAAGGCCGGGUUUAAGAUGUUGACGGUGGAUGUGGAAGAUAUUGUGGUCGAGUAUCCGGAUACGUUUGCCCUCAUGCAGGAUUUGCAGGCGAUGGGGGAGAAUAAUGCGAUCUUGCAUCGUGAGUUGGGCCCUAUCUCGAGGGAUGUGUUGUUGGCCAACGAGGCGAUUUAUCGCCAGUUGCAUAUGGCGGAGGGGGAUAGAGGCCUGCCUGCUACGUUUCGGUUGAUUUAUAUGAUUGGUUGGAAGGAGGGUGAGGGUCAGUCGAAGCCAUUGGAGAGGGGGAGUGGGCAGCUGAAUUUGAAGGAUCUAUUGGGUGGUGGAUCCUUCUAGAGGACUGUUACUUGCGAUGAUGGUCUGUCCAUAUCAUGAUAAGAAGGUUAUGUAUAGUAUAGUGUAGAGGUGUAUAAUAUGGACGGGGCAAAAGAAAAAGGGACAUCUAGGAUAUAAUCCUGACGAAGCGAAGCACGGAAUGAGUACACAGAACAAGAACAAAAGAAUACACCUCCUCU